CAUGGCACACAGCAGCCACUACAAAGAAAAUUAACUCUCUAUCAGCUAAAAUCAGGACACCAUCCCUAAACAGAUACAUUUAGAAACUAGAAGGUAAAAUGAUGCAUCACAAAGCCUGCACACUGCAGGCCUCUAUGAAGUAUUGCUCAGGAAAACUGCCAACAACACCCCCCCGCAGACCCACCACUGAGCAACAUGUCUUUCCCAGGGAAAUGGUCUUCAGGGAAAAGGAUGAUAAAGAGGCAUAAGCUGGGAUGCAGUAGAACUUUAAUGAGUCAAAAGUGGGAAACAAAAUUGAUAGGGGAGGAGUCCCCAGUGCAGGGAGCACAAGGGGCAGAUGAGAGCGUCAACUGUGUGGCCAUGGUGGGCAUCCCGCCAGCUGCCCAUCUGCCCACUCCACUGAGGGAGAAGGGACAGAAGGUCCUCUCUAGGAUGACAUUGUCAGACCCAGAGCCUAGUGGAGCAGCACUGAGCAACAAGGACACAGGUGAGAAAGGAGAGACUGCAGGAGGGGUAAGGCAGACUUGGGCCGUGCUCUCCGAGAGACCCAUCUUCUUCCAAGGGGUGAUGGGGAGGCUUGGUCACCCUGAACACAAGAACCCUAUGCACUGUGCACAGUCAGCUACCAAAGUCUGGGUCCCUGGGGGUCUUUCUCCAGGACCCUCACCAGCAGCUUUAGCACGGGAAGCACCUCCUGCCGCAGUAGCGGCUGCCAAAGCCAGAGAGGCCAAAGCCCCCAGAGGAGAUGGGCACUCCCUGAGAGCUGAGGAUGCUGCCAACAGCAGCAGAAGUGGAGGAUCCCACGGCGGUGUUCUGCGGGAAGGAGCUGAGGAUGGGGCCGGGCAGGGUCACCACCACAGGAGAGGGCUGGAUGAAGACGUUGGAGUCCUGGCACUGCUGGACACAGGGCUCAUUGCAGCUGUUGGCCAGCGGGGUCGGGCCACAGGGUCCACAUGGCAGGCAUGGCAGGCACUGGUUGUAGCAGGACAUGUCUCAAGGCAGGACUUGCACCUGGUGGGAGAGAGGGACAGGAGGAACAUGGCAGUGAUUGCUGAGCAGUGUCCAACCCACCACUGGAUAGCAACGGCACAUGCUGUUUGGGGAGCUGGCAGAUGUCUAAGGAGGCCCACAGCCGUCUCCUUCUCUUUGUCCCCAACAGCGUUGGCAAGAACUUUCAAGCCAAAGGAGCUCCCCACCAAGCCCAUAUCUCAGGACAUAUGUCAGCCAAGCCACAGCUUCACUUCAUGA